AUAUGACUGCUCGCCCCAUCUUUCAUUCUCAUUCUCUCUGCGUUCACACCAUCAUCCUUCACACCUUCCGUCGAAGACUUUACCAAAUCUCCCUUCACUUUCUCUCUAUUCGUUUAAGCUCUUUCCUCUCUCUAUAUAUGAAACUCACAUCUCUCUCUGAGGAAGCUGAUUACUCUUACAUCUACACCUUGUUACAGGACACGCUCGAUCAAAUGAAUGAAAACAGCACCGGCAACAAUAGCAAGCGAAGGCGACGAAGAAAGGAUAAUCACACCAACGGCGGCGACGACGGCAACAAUGGUGGCGAUAGCGAAUUGGGUAUUGGAGGAAGCGAAAAACAAGAAGGGAAUAAAGUGAAGGCGUUGAAAGAGAUCAUAACUUCGUUGAUGUUGAUCGAUGAGCAAGAGAAGUGCGAUCAAGAGGAAUGGUCGAAGACCCACCAAGAGGAGAAGGUCUCAUUCGAAGCCAAUCACAAGAAAAAGAGUCGAGCCAUGCUUGAUUAUUACUCCAAAAUACAGAAUUCCUACGAUGGUGUUGACCAAUCUGAUGGAUUGAGGAAGAGAAAGUCAAGAGCUGCUGCUGCCGCCGUUGCCGUUACCAUUGCCGCCUCCGCUGAAACAGAAAACUCGAAUCAGAAGGGGACCGGCGGAGGAGGAGCGGUGGCGGGAGGGCCGCAGAGGAGGCUGUGGGUCAAGAACCGAUCGACGGCUUGGUGGGACCAAUGUAACAGUGAUGAUUGUCCAGAGGAAGAGUUUCGUAAGGCGUUUCGGAUGGGGAAAGAAACGUUUGAUAUGAUUUGCAACGAGCUCAGCUCAGCUGUGGCCAAAGAGAACACUAUGUUGAGAGACGCAGUGCCUGUGAGACAGAGAGUUGCAGUGUGUAUAUGGAGAUUAGCCACCGGUGAGCCUCUUCGGCUGGUGUCAAAGAGGUUUGGAUUGGGCAUUUCUACUUGUCACAAGCUUGUUCUUGAGGUUUGUUUAGCAAUAAGGACUGUUUUGAUGCCAAAGUUUCUUCAAUGGCCUGAUGAGGAGUCGCUGAGAAGGACUAAGGAUGAAUUCGAAUCGGUUUCGGGGAUACCCAAUGUUGUGGGAUCCAUGUAUACUACACACAUACCCAUCAUUGCCCCAAAGAUCAGUGUGGCUGCUUACUUCAAUAGGCGUCACACAGAGAGGAAUCAAAAGACUUCGUAUUCCAUUACUGUUCAAGGUGUUGUUGAUCCCAAAGGUGUUUUCACUGAUGUGUGCAUUGGGUGGCCUGGGUCAAUGCCUGAUGAUCAGGUGUUGGAAAAGUCUGCUCUUUAUCAAAGGGCUAAUGGAGGGCUAAUGAAGGGUGUUUUUAUUGUUGGGAGUUCAGGGUACCCUUUGAUGGAUUGGGUGUUGGUGCCCUAUACUCAGCAGCAUUUGACUUGGACUCAGCAUGCUUUCAAUGAGAAGAUUGGGGAGGUUCAGAGGGUUGCAAAGGAGGCGUUUGCGAGGUUGAAAGGAAGGUGGUGUUGCUUGCAAAAGCGAACAGAAGUGAAACUCCAAGACUUGCCAGUGGUUCUUGGGGCGUGCUGCGUAUUGCACAAUAUAUGUGAAAUGAGAAACGAAGAAAUGGAUCCAGAGUUGAUAAUUGACCUCAUUGAUGACCCUAUGGUCCCUGAGAUUCCAUUGAGAUCACCAAUUGCAAUGAAGGCUAGGGAUAGUAUUGCUCAUAAUCUUUUGCACCAUAACCUUGCAGGCACUUCCUUCAUCUCAUAAAAGUUGUUGCAUUUCAUCCUCUUACAUUGGUAUUCUUUUUUUCUGCAUAUGAUAUGUUGCAAUUGUGUUGUAGAAUCAUACCCUAGUCAUUCAUCAGAAUUUGUUGAAGGGGCUCUGUUGAAGAUUUAUUUGCCCCUCCUCUCCUUCAAAUGGAUGUAUAAUGUUUUACAGGCCAAAGUUAUAUUCAUAGAUAGCAUAGAUAGGAUGUAACCCAGUCCUCAUACUUCAAUUCCAUUUUAGAGAUGGAUGAAAUUUGACAUUUCCCUUUCUUCAGUUACAAAAUAAGAUAUUAAUGAAAUUUGACAUCAA